UUGUUUUGGUACAUCCUCACUUAGAAUUUGAAAUUAACGAGGAGCACCUGAAUGCAGCAUAAAUACAACUGCGCAGUUCAGGGACCACUGUUUGUUGCUGCUCACCAAAAACUUGUCAGAGAUGUCCAACGCCACUGCACUGAGUCUGCGUCUCCUCCAGUGCUACUCAAAGAAAGGCACAUUUGGAUAUGGCCCUGGUGUUGUGCGCCCAUUUAGUCUCAGCGUGCAGAGAGAGGGCUAUAAGUAUGUGAAUGCGCAGGAGCUGCCGACAGACCUGAGGUCCAUCACUGACCGGGCUGCCACAACCCUCCUUUGGACUGAACUUUUUAGAGGUUUGGCAAUGACCAUGAGUUACUUGUUCCGUGAGCCUGCUACCAUCAACUACCCAUUUGAGAAGGGACCUCUGUCGCCCCGCUUCCGUGGAGAACACGCUCUCCGCCGCUAUCCUAAUGGAGAGGAGCGCUGCAUUGCUUGCAAGCUGUGUGAGGCCAUCUGCCCUGCUCAGGCCAUUACCAUCGAAGCUGAGACUCGGGCUGAUGGCAGCAGGAGAACCACACGCUAUGACAUUGAUAUGACCAAGUGUAUCUACUGUGGCUUCUGCCAGGAAGCUUGUCCUGUUGAUGCCAUUGUGGAGGGUCCAAACUUUGAGUUCUCCACAGAAACCCAUGAGGAGCUGCUGUACAACAAAGAGAAGCUGCUCAACAAUGGGGACCGAUGGGAGGCUGAGAUAGCAGCCAACAUACAGGCAGACUACCUGUACAGAUAGGCUGACUGUCAUAGCUGUACACUGACCCCAAAGAUACAGUAUGUCACACAAGUAAAGAGAUUACUUGUAGAUUUACAGAUAUACCAAGCAGUUGCACAUGAGCAGUGAAGCCUUGCAGCCUCAGAUUCUGCUGUCAGAACUGAGAAAAAAUAUAAACGCACAAUUCAUGUCUUGUGUUUUAAAGAUGAAUUAUGAUGUUGAUUUUACAAUCUGUGACCCAUGUAACUUAUGCACAUGUCUGUGAUAGACUACUUUCUGCUGCACUUUAAAAAUGUACCUUGAUUUAAUAGGCAGGACAUUUCUGAAAGAGUAUAUUUAUGUAAUGUUGCUGAUGCUAUUUAAGAAAGUGAAAUAAAUCACGUUUUAAAACUGUUUAUUCACCUGUUGUAUUAAAACCUGUGCUGAAAGAAUUAGUCAAUUGACAGAAUUGUAAUUGUCAAUAAUUUUGCUAUUUGACAGUUUUGGAUUGUUGGUCAAACAGAACAAGUGAAAACAGUGGAUUUUUUUAAAUGAUUAUGUUUCACUAUUAUUUGUAAAUUUUCACAGAGAACACAAUCAAUCCAAAUUCAAUGUUUCAUACAUUAAGACUUAUUUCUUUUCUCUGUUUAAUGUGAUAGCAAAUAUAUUUGGU